UCAGCCAUUUCCACCGCUUCUAAAUUGUUAUCCCCGUUUUGCCCCCAAUCUUCUCCUGAUUCCCCAACAUACCCUUCCUCCCUCGACAAACUCGCCUAUAAAACCCAGCCCCCUUUGCCACCACCUCUCCUCGACUUCACAGGACGCAGAGUCUGACCACUAGAAAAACAAGAAACCGAACACACAUUUUCAUUUUUAUCAACAAAACAUUUCUGGGUCUUUACUGAAAUGAGGAAGGAACUAUUUUGUUGCUAAGAAACAAGCCACCAUGUCGUGAGGCCCUGAUCAACCAUUUGUGAGCUUUGAAACGAAGAAAUGGAACUUGAGCUUAAAUUCGAGCUCUGGAUGGGUGUUUGUUUUUAACUGCGGACAAAGCAACAGACAAACUUCCCGGCUGUUCUACAGAAUCCUGAUUGCUAUUUCAAAGAGAGCUAAUAAAACAGCACUAAACAAACAGAGAGAAAAGGGAGAACAGAAAGGAUGGCUUCAGACGUUCCUUGUUGCGGGGUUGAAUUCUCGUUGUAUCUGCUCAUAAUUGCGGGGUUGGUGUGUUUUGCUGGGUUGAUGGCUGGGCUAACACUUGGACUUAUGUCUCUGGGUCUCGUGGACCUUGAAGUCCUCAUCAAGUCUGGCCGUCCUCAAGAUCGUACCCAUGCCGCAAAGAUAUUUCCUGUGGUAAAAAAUCAGCAUCUUCUGCUAUGUACUCUAUUGAUUGGAAACUCCUUGGCAAUGGAGACUCUUCCCAUUUUUUUGGACAAGCUUGUGCCUCCGUGGGCUGCAAUUCUGAUAUCAGUGACUCUGAUCCUCUUGUUUGGAGAGAUAUUGCCCCAAGCCAUUUGCACUCGUUAUGGCUUGAAAGUCGGAGCGAUAAUGGCACCUCUUGUCCGUGUUCUUCUUUUUCUUUUCUUUCCAAUUUCUUAUCCAAUUAGCAAGAUUUUGGACUGGAUGUUGGGUAAGGGACACGCCGCCCUCCUUCGGAGAGCAGAGCUAAAGACUUUUGUGGAUUUUCAUGGCAAUGCGGCUGGGAAAGGUGGUGAUCUGACUCAUGAUGAGACGACUAUCAUUGCCGGGGCACUUGAAAUGACCGAAAAGACUGCCAAAGUUGCCAUGACGCCAAUAUCAAACGCAUUUUCCCUUGAUCUGGAUACCAUUCUUGAUUCGGAAACGCUGAAUAAAGUAAUGGCAGUGGGUCAUAGCAGAGUUCCAGUGUAUUAUGGAAACCCAACAAAUAUAAUUGGACUUGUUCUGGUUAAAAAUCUGUUAACAAUUGAUUCAGAAGGUCCAGUUCCUUUGAGAAAAAUGAUAAUAAGAAAAAUCCCACGGGUGCCAGAGGACAUGCCACUAUAUGAUAUUCUUAAUGAAUUCCAAAAAGGUCACAGCCACAUUGCUGUGGUAUACAAGGAUCUAAAUGAGAGUGAAGAAUCUGUGAAGAAAGGUAAAGAUGGUGAACGACUUGAGUUUAAGGACAGCUGUAAGAAGCGAAGAGGUGAACCCGAGACAUCAAGAAAAGAUGAUCGUGAGGUUGCCUUAAGUGCCCUAAAAUCAGGGCAUAAGUCGGACUCGCAAGAUGUUCAGACACUUGUGACUAACAGUGAUGGAGGUCAGCAGACAAAGAAGAGUCCACCAACUACUCCUGCAUUUAAGAAACGACACAGAGGUUGCUCAUACUGUAUAUUGGACAUUGAAAACACUCCUAUUCCUGAGUUUCCAUCAAAUGAAGAGGUUGUUGGUGUUAUCACCAUGGAGGAUGUUAUUGAAGAACUGCUUCAGGAGGAGAUAUUAGACGAGACCGAUGAGUACGUCAAUAUCCACAACAGGAUAAAGAUCAAUAUGCACACAUCUAAGGAAAAUGCUCAUCGUUUGAAUUCAACACAAACUCCUGCGACUGGCAGCGGCAUCCCUUCCUCCGGUAUCACCAGUUCAUGAGAGAAAUCUUUCUCAACUUUCCCUCAUGCCAACCGUUUCACAUUGAGCUCCAGCAGAAAGACUCGUUAAAGGAUAGGUGAAACCUCAGCAUUUUUCCUUCUUCUUUUUCUGUAGGACAUGAUAAUUAAAUAUAGACUUAAGAAAAAAAUAUAUGAGCUAAGGUUUAGCUACUUGAUAAGAACGAAUGACGGACCCUACUUUAGUUUUAGACGGAGUGCCUGCAGGAUACGUGAAAUCGCAUACAGAACAGAUGCUUUUCUUUUAGUUUAAUGGAUGAAAACACCAUUUGAGGUCAUCCAAUAUAGAUAGAUGGUGAUUGUUUUAUGUAAAAUCUGCUUGGAAUUAUAUGCUACAUUCAUAUCAAAGCAAUUUACGAACGAAAUCGAUACUCUUUUCUUGAAGAGAAUUGCAUGAAGAUUGCAAUUUACGGAAGACAAUGUGGAACUGAUUUCAAGAAGAUAAUCAAGUCAUAUCCCUUAUCUUAA